ACGCUCGCAUUUAGUCCGCUCUUUUCCAUGCCGUCUCCACCCUCCAAAAUGUCUCUAUAAAUACUUAUCGCAUGGCCACGGCCACCGCAUGACCACCAGCGCCACCCGUUUUUUAAGAGCCCCACCCUGUUUCUUUUACUUUUAACUGUCAAAAAGUUAAAAGCAUCAGUACCAAACAGAACAUCCCUCCUGAUUCCCAACCUCUUCCUCUCUCUCUAUCUAAAAUCUUUCUCAUGAAAGUAGACCGCAAAACCACCGCCAACUCUGAAGAUGAGACAGAGAUGUGCAAGACCAUCGAAGUGGCCCUAGUUGACCACCGCGAUCUCUCGCCACCGUCUUCAGCUUUCUUAUCUUCUCCGGUCGUCGGAGAUGACCUUUCCUUUAUUCCUCCGUUAAACUUCGCCAUGGUUGAUAAUGGCAUCUUCAGGUCCGGCUUUCCCGACUCUGCUAACUUCUCCUUCCUCCAGACGCUUGGACUUCGCUCCAUCAUAUGUAUGUGCCCUGAGCCGUAUCCGGAGCAAAACGCUGAUUUUCUUAAGGCCAAUGGGAUUAGGCUUUUCCAGUUCGGGAUCGAAGGUUAUAAGGAGCCUUUUGUAAACAUUCCAGAGGAUACAAUUCGUGAAGCACUAAAAGUUGUCCUUGAUGUGAGGAAUCACCCAGUUUUGAUACAUUGUAAACGAGGGAAGCAUCGAACUGGUUGUGUUGUGGGUUGCUUGAGAAAAUUGCAAAGAUGGUGCCUAUCAUCCAUUUUCGAUGAGUACCAGAGGUUCGCAGCUGCCAAGGCGAGGGUUUCAGAUCAAAGGUUCAUGGAGUUGUUUGACGUUUCUACCUUAAAGCAUAUCCCAAUGCCAUUUUCAUGCUUGAAGAGAUAAACGUGGACUAAAAUGGCUCUUGGCUUUUCUUUGUUAACUGAAGGGUAUCCCAAGGUCCUGCUUUGAAAUAAAUAGGAAAAGGUUAUGAGUUCCUGGAUGCAUUACUGUGGCAAAAGGAAUAAUUCUUUUUUUUUUUUUUUGCCUUCUUGGGGGUAAAUAAGGAGCCAUAGAAAUUGGUAUGUCCUACACAUGCAAUGAUAAUAACUAGUCCUUUAGAUGAGUCCUGAUUUCUUCUUGAAAUUUACAGGUAGUUUGUUUCUUGCAUACACAGGAAUCAAGAUUGCUUCUCUUUUAUUUUGUAGCUGCUUUUGCCAGUGGUUAUAGGUUUUGGCGUAGCAGUUACAUAGGCUUAGGGGUUCUCAUCUGAAUCAUAUAUAGGGGAAAAAGACUUGGCCUGUAUUAUGUACUUUUAUAAAUAAAAGAAAUCUUCAAGCAA